CAUAGGCUAUACUUCCGGUUUCGAGUUGUCGUUCAUUCGUUCACGUGCACAAUAUAAGGAUUGUUUAUAUUUCUUAGAGAAGAAAAAUUCGUUCCGAGUGCCAUACCUCGUCAUAGACACCCGCUAUAAAGUUAUCAUUGCACUAUUGUUCUUUCUGUUGUAUUUGAAACUUGUAUUUAGUUUUGGUAUUCAUGUGUAGGUACAAUGUUUUUCAAGACCAAAAUAAGAAGUCGUCCCAAGGUUGUAACAAAGAUGAUGAACCCCUUGACAGGGCGAUGGGUAACCGUUAAAGAGAAUAAGCGAAAGAAAAAAGACACAGUUUCUGCUGUUCCCUCCCAGCAACCGAUCCCGACGCGACAGGUACCAGUCACAGUUUCUGCUGCUCCCUCCCAGCAACCGAUCCCGAGGCAACAGGUACCAGUCACAGUUUCUGCUGCUCCCUUCCAGCAACCGAUCCCGAGGCAACAGGUACCAGUCACAGUUUCUGCUGCUCCCUCACAGCAACCGAUCCCGACGCGACAUGUACCAGACACAGUUUCUGCUGCUUCCUCCCAGCAACCGAUCCCGACAACACCAUACAUCGAUGCAGAAGAUGUCAGGGCCGUAAGUACAGUAAAGAAGAAUUCUGCAAAGCAACACCAGGAAUCUGGGGUUGAAAAGCAAAGAACAGGAUUCAGAACUCCGUGGACAGCAGCAGAAGUACUCGUUGUCCAGCAACACUUCAGUCAGGAGUUGUCUGGGCUGAAGCCAGUGACACGCAGCAGCAUUGAGAGUUUUUUGACCCAACAAACAGUGGUCAAAAGGACUUGUACUGCAGUGGGAAAUUAUCUGUUAAGGAACAGGAAGAAAAAACAGACCUAAUGAUCAGUAAUGAAUCAAAGCACCUUAUUACCAACACUGAUGACACUUGAGAUGUUGGAUUAAGUCUGAUGAACGGCACUGUGUACUUUCAAGACAUUUUCACUGCCAUGUGUCAUCUGUUUCACAGAGCUGACUGAUAGGUGGGUUCUUUCUGGGUACUCCAACUUCUUUAUCACCAACCACCUGUGUGAUAAUGUUCCAUUAUACAGCCCACCAAACUCAAGACAUUCAAAAAUUGCAAUUUUUCCUUUUUAAUAGCUGUCAGUUACAUUGAGCUAAAUGUAUUCUUCAUUAUGUUUAUGUCUUUGGAGAAGUAAACCAUUUGCCCAGUGAUGUGGUUUGAGCUUAAUACAGAAAAAGGACAUGUUGCAUGAUUAUAUUAAAUGUGUAACAGGAAAAAUGUGACACACUUGCUUUGUAGCGAAUAUGUUGCUAUCCAUGUGAAUUUGACAUGGUAGGGGUUUUUGGGUUGUGUGGCUGUUACGUAGGUUCAGAUGCUAUGAACUGACUAUUUGAUCUACACUGUUAAUGUUGCUAUUGUGGUUAUGUAGUAACUGAAUAUAUAAAAAUGCAAAGAAGUUAUAAAUGUGGAAGAUUAUAAGUUUUUUUAAUUGGUCUGUAUGAUUAAAUUCUUUGCUGGCAUGUGUUUGUGCAACAGCUUCUCCAGAUUUCAUCAUAAAUGAAAAAAAAUUAUUGUCAUUUUGGUGAUUUUUGGUAUGAUGAAAAAUUGUUUCAAGUAUUGGUUUAUAGCUUGCCUUUCCAACUUGAGAAUGAGGGAGGACCAAUUUCAUGCCUUGUCAAAUAAAACUGAGUAUACUGUAUCAUA